CCAAGUGCUUUCUCUACAACAACACCAUGCAGUGGUUCGGCCCGGAGAUCAAGUGCAUCCCCAUCAGCUGCGACGACCCCGGCGAGAUCCUGAACGGCUACAAGGAAGGUUCCUGCUUCACCUUCUCCUGCCGCGUCACCUACCACUGCAGGCCGGGAUUCGAGCUCGUGGGGCGCGGCAACCUCUACUGCCAGCACGACGGCACGUGGAGUCCCUCAGAGCGGCCGGCGUGCACACCGGUGCAGUGUGACAUUCCCGAGGACCCGGAGAACGGCAAGAGCACCUUCACCCGUCGCAUCUACAACUCAGUGGUGUCCUACAAGUGUGACUACAGCUACAUGCUCGUAGGACCCGAGACCAGGCGCUGCGGACCCGACAAGAAGUGGAGCGGAGUUCAGCCGCAAUGUAAACAGAUCAACUGCGGUCACCCGGGCCACCUCCCCAACGGCUGGCUGGAGAACAUCGAGCAAGGCACUGCCCUCGGCUCCUCCAUCAUCUUCCGCUGCUUCGCCAACAUGACUAUCGAGGGCGACCAGUCUACCGUCUGCCAGGCCGACGGCACCUGGAGCAAACCUCUGCCCAAGUGCCUGGCGCCGUGCAUCGUGCCCACCAUCGAGCACGGACGCCUCAAGAACCGGACGCUGGCGGGGGCGCUGGUCACCCACGGCAGCGUCAUCGAGGUGGACUGCGACGAACGCUACGAGCUCGCCUACAGCCUGGCGCCCUCGCUCUGCUACAACGGCACGUGGACGCAUUACCCUCGAUGCCAGCCCGCUCGGUGCAAGAAGCUGCCUCCUCGACCUCGCCAUGGCAUGGUCAUCGCCCCGAGAACCGACCAUGGCAUGUGGGCACGAUACCGCUGCAGGGACGGCUAUCAGCUGCAUGGCAACGCAACCACCAAAUGCAAAUAUGGCAACUGGACGGGCAGCACCCCCACCUGCGUCGAAGUGUACUGUCCUUUCCCCGGCGAAGUCGCAAACGGCCGCGUGCUGUUGGUGGGUAACAUGGGCAUGUACGACUACCGUUCUUACGUCAAGAAGGUCCGGAACAACCGGCAGAUCCGCUACGACUGUGACCGCGGUUAUUACCUGGUGGAGGGGCCGCCCGGAGCCACCUGCGUCGCCGGCCAGUGGAGCCCCAAGGAAAUGCCAAGAUGCGACCCCGACCUUCACCCGAGGAUCCGCUGGGUCAAGAGGUCAGUCGACAGCCGCGAAUACGAGGAGAUCCGAAACCAGACGGUGGGCGAGAGCCGCGUCGUGUCUGGCGGAGGCGACGCGUUGGGCCAGGCUCCCGCUAGCGACGACAACCGCAUGUUCGUCGCGGGCCCGAAGGAGCGGCCGCGGAAGCCGGCGAGGGACCAGGACCCCAUCAUCAAUGAGCACGAGAGAGUCAGGCCGUUCACCUUCAAGGUGAACUCGAAGCCAAAGGAGGCCGUGAGCACCAGCACGGCGCCGCCGCCCCGAACCACGAAGCCGACGGCAAGCGCUACCCCAGGCACGGCCGCCCCGACGCCGGCGAGGACAACGAGCGAAGCCCCGAGGAAGGUCGUCCGGGACGCCCUCGAGGUGGGGAAGAAGCUGAAGAGUCCCCUUUACGACUUCUACCGGCUCCUGCGCGUCGAGAACGAUUCCUCCAGCGAAGUAGGGAAGAAGGAGGCGUGGCCGGAGCUCGUGCGAGUUCCGAGAGGAGCGGCCGAGAGAGAAAAGAAAGACAAGAAGCGCAAGCAGAGAAACAAGUGGAAGAAGAAGGGGAAAAAAGUUCCCCGCUGCCAGGCCAUUCCGAGCCAGCCCUACCUGCGCGUGGAGGUGGCCCGCUCCGGCCGCGACAAGAACUACACCUACUCGGCAGGCGCCCGCAUCAAGGUGACCUGCCUGCACGGAUACGGCCUCAACAUCGGCAACAAGACGGCGAAAUGCGCCAAAGGCAAAUGGAAGCCCAAGAAGCCAGAAUGCGUAACGCUGCCCUGCUCGGUGCCCAAGGUGGCUCAAGGACAGUUCGACUUCAACGGAGAAGCCUUGUCGGAAGGUGCCACCAUCAGCCACGGGGAGGUUGUCAAGUUUUCCUGUCAAGCCGGCUACAAUGUUCUUGGCUCUGAGACCAUGCGCUGCUGGUACGGCGCCUGGGCGGUCACCGGCCAGAACCCCAAGUGCCAACCAGAUCAGUGCGUCCUCCCGAAGUUGGACCACGGAAAAUACACUGCAGGUUACAAGAAGGGCCUCACCAUCAUCCACGGCUCCACGGUCGAGUACAUGUGCGACGAGGGAUGGAUCAUGAGCGCGGAUGAGGUCACCUGCCAGCUGGGCAAGUUGGUCCCCUCGCCCCCCGCCUGCAUCGCCCCCGCCCGCUCCAUCAGCGUCAUGAACAUCGCCCCCGCGCCCGUCAAGAGGGAGGGCCCGCCAGGCGGAGACAUUCCGGAUGACGAGGACUCGAAGGACAAGAAGAGGACGUGCGGGGCGCCUCCUGACGUGCUGGGCGCCCUGGCCUACCGCGGAGACCAGCUCGUCGCCACCGACAGCGUCAAUGCUGACUACCCACAUCUGGACCAAGACCAAAGGUACUCGGACGGGACGCAGAUCAACUACGCCUGCGACGCCAGCCUGACCAGCGAGAACUACACCUGGAUGAUCAGCUGCCAGGACGGGAUAUGGGACGGUGAGCCUCCAGUCUACAUGCCCUGCGGCGACGGCAUCCCUCCGGUCAUAGACUUCGGCAACAUCUCCUGCAUCUGGAGGAAAACGGAACCGAACGUGGUCACCUUCUACAACGACCAGGAAGUCACGGAGGAGAUGGUCGAGUUCGAGCCCGGGGCUAAGCUGGUGUCUCGCUGCGUUGACAUUGGCAAGUACGCCCUGGAGGGAAGCGUCGAGCGCCAGUGUAUUCACGGACAGUGGACGGGGAACAAGUCUGUCUGCGUUGGACUCAACCAGGAGAGCAACUACUCCCUGGACAAGCCGCCGACCAUCCUCUUCCGGAACGAGAAGGGCCCCAUGGCACAGAGCAACGACGGGAAGCUGGUCGUCUACCCUGGCACCGUCCUCCACCUCGAGUGCCUCUUCACGCGCCGUCACGGAACGCCAAACUGGAACGUGUCCCUUGCGAGCGCAGGCGACGACAUCAAGGGGAAACGGAGGAAGAAGACGAAGGCGAAGGGGCGCGUGAAGGGAGGCAAGAAGAGAGGAGGAAGCUUCGCGCCUUAUCCGAACGGCUGGGCGAACGCUCCCAACCGGAACAUACAGCUGGAAUACCGCCUCUCGAUCUACCGGGCGCAGCCGAAGGACUCGGGAUCCUACGCCUGCGUCACUCCCAAAGGACACAAGCACGUCGUUACCCUGGACAUUCGCCGUGUGCACUGCCCGAACAUCAACGUGAACGAAUCGGACAAGGUCAUCUUCGAGCCCAACGAGACGAAGAUGAACACGAUCGUCAAGUUCUCCUGCGAAGUCGGAUACUCUCUCGUCGGCGCGUCGGAAAUCAAGUGUCUGCCGUCGGGUAACUGGUCGGCACCUUUCCCGCGCUGCGAGGACAUAGAGUGCCCGGACCCUCGCGAGAGCCCCACUGACCCACUCCUGCGGGUGACGGUCGUAGCGCGGGGCGUGGGCAGCCAAGUCCUGUACGACUGCCCCCGAGGACACCCCGUCAAGGGCCCUACCUCUGCCAUCUGCCAGGAAAACGGACAGUGGUCUUCGCCUCCUCCCAGAUGCAAGGAAGACAACUGCAUCCCUCCCGCUGCCCCUGCCAAUGGUACCGUCACGGGCGACGGUCCCUUCCACGCCGGAGACAUGGUCGUCAUCAAGUGCAAUCCCAAUUUCAUGCUGGAAGGCCAGUCGCUGAUUGUGUGUCAGGAGGACGGGACGUGGUCGGAGGAAAUACCCAAGUGUUCUCUGGCUUGCACGUACCCGGGCACCAUCAUCUCGGGCAUCAUGAGUCCCAUCAAGUUCUAUUACCCGAUCAACGAUACCAUUACUUACACGUGUAACCCCAGAAACGUGCUACGAGGCGUGCGGUCCAUCACGUGCAUGGAGGGGGGCAAGUGGUCGGCCCCCGUGCCCACGUGCAUCCCGGAGGAGUGAGUGCGCGUGCCCCGUGCCCGCGUCGGCCGAGAAGAACUCUUGGAGAAUUAUGAAUCAGUUCCAUGGGA